AUCAACAGCCAAGAUCCAAGAGCGAAACGGAUUGAAAUAUUUGCUAUCGAUAUGUUUCGGAAAAAUCGAUUUUAAACGAGAUCCGUGAAGGUGACCGUCGGGUAUUUCUGGAAAACAGACCAUACAGACAAUUUAAACAAAAUCAGAUCAGAUUGAACGCCAAAAGUAAAAUAGGCUACUUAUGUUUUCCCCCAGGAAGAUAUUUAUAAAAGCAAAGAGGUGCAAGAACACCAGAGAAUUUCUUUCGCUUCCCCAUUACAUUCCGUUGAAGACGAGACAGUUGAUACUUUACACUUGAGAAACGGAUUACACUACUUAAAGUGUUAUACACUCCACACUAAUGACAUGUCAUUCAAUGGAUCUCGUUAGGACAGUUAUAAGCUUACAAUAAGUGGAAUAUGGAUUCCGGAAACUCAUUAUUAGCGAUAGAAACUGGAUUAUUCAUGCCAUUGUAUUAACAAUCGCAUACUUAAUCCGAUACUCAAAUUAAUUCUUGAAAUUCGCCAUUAGCUCAUUACCUUUCGUCCUGUUCUACAAUUUUGCACUCAACAGGUAUAUAAAGUCAUCAGAACAUUUCAGUUUCAUGAGUUCAUUCUCCGAGUUUGUCUCAGCAAGAACAUUACAUUUCUUCUGAAUAAGCCUUUCUCCAAGAUGAAAUCAUACACUUUUACUAUUUUGCUUGCAGUGAUUUACUCUGUUGCUGCUGAUUUCCACUUACCUGGAGAUGAAGGAUUUGUACCGCCGGCUUCACCAGCGGAUGCAGCUGCUCUUUUACCAGCGGACACAGCAGCUCUUUUACCAGCUGACACAGCAGCUCUUUUACCAGCGGUUUCAGAUCUCUCGGCAGCCUUGCCGCCGCUUGCAAAAGAAUUCGGCGUAGAGCCUGCAGUCUCCGACUCAAAUAACCGCGAAUUUGAAAGGCACAAAUAUACGUUUGCGCAAAUCAACCGGUUGUGUGCAUUGUUGAGGGACUGCAAUCCAGUUCAGUACGGAAGUGCGCCAUCGAACUACUACUCAGUUCCGACAACUAAUAAUUAUCCUGCACCUCCUGCACCAAUGCCAGUCAUGGGCUAUGCUGCCCCUACUACACCGAUGCUAGCCAUGAGCUAUGCUGCACCCCCUGCACUUCCUACCCCUCCUGCACCGAUGUCACUCAUGGGCUAUGCUGCAACUCCUGCACUUCCUGCAUCAAUGUCAGCCAUGGGCUAUGCUGCCCCUACUACACCGAUGCCAGCCAUGAGCUAUGCUACACCCACUACACCGAUGCCAACCAUGGGCUAUGCUGCCCCUACUACACCGGUGCCAACCAUGGGCUACGCUGCACCUUCUGCACUUCCUGCUCCAGCUGCACUCCUUGCACCGAUGUCACCCAUGGGCUAUGCUACACCCACUACACUGAUGCCACCCAUGGGCUAUGCUGCACUUCCUGCUGGACUUCCUACCCCUCUUGCACCAAUGCCAGCCAUGAGCUAUGCUACCCCAACUACACCGGUACCUCCCAUGGGCUAUGCUCCACCUGCUGCACUUCCUACCCCUCCUGCACCAAUGUCACUCAUGGGCUAUGCUACACCCACUACACCGAGGCCACCCAUGAGCUAUGCUACACCCACGACACCGAUGCCAACCAUUGGCUAUGCUGCCCCUACUACACCGGUGCCAUCCAUGGGCUAUGCUCCACCUGCUGCACUUCCUACCCCUCCUGCACCAAUGUCAGCCAUGGGCUAUGCUACACCCACUACACCGAUGCCAACCAUGGGCUAUGCUGUACCUACUACACCGGUGCCAUCCAUGGGCUAUGCUCCACCUGCUGCACUUCCUACCCCUCCUGCACCGAUGCCUGCCAUGGGCUAUGCUGCAGCUCCUGCUCUUUCUUCCCCUCCAGCAUCGAUGCCAGCCAUGGGCUCUGCAACUCCUAUGGUUUAUUCCGUUCCAACAACAGUGGGAAACUCAGCUUCCGCCCAAACGAGCUACAAUGUCCCUGCGCAAAUGUCUUAUUCAGCUACAACAAUCCGUCCCGUAGUGCUAGGUAAUUACUACGUUCCUGCUCCAUCUGCCACCGUAACACCUCCAAAUUACGCCGCAACAGCUCCGAUGACAACUACGGUGCGUCCUCUGAUGCAAACUUAUGGUGCACCACAGCCUGUGACAAUGGCACCUUAUCCAGUCACUACAAUGCGCCCUCCCACACCGAUCAGUUACGCCGCACCAUCACCUUCUACGAAUCCUUCUCGUCCAUACCCGAUCAGAGUCUCUUCAGGCUAUUGAUCAAAAUAAAUUAUUAACUUAUCAUAAUGUAAACUGGUGGUUAAAUAAACGAAUUUAACAUUUA